AUGUCUCAAGACAUUCGAACUAAGAUUACAACUGGAGAGACACCAGAUGGAUGGAAUGUCCACGCAGAUGGUGGAUUAAGAUAUUUGGAUAGAUUGUAUGUACCAGAAAUUUCUGAUUUGAGAAAAGAAGUUUUGAAAGAAGGACAUCAUUCAUUCUAUACAAUUCAUCCUGGAGGAACAAAGAUGUAUCUUGACCUGAAACGUAACUUUUGGUGGAAUGGUAUGAAAAGAGAUAUAGAAAAAUUUGUAGCAAAGUGUCUCACAUGUCAGCAGGUGAAAGCUGAACAUCAGAAACCGUCAGGUUUACCUAGGUCUCCAAAGGGACUAGAUGCAAUAUGGGUUAUAGUGGAUCGUUUGACCAAAUCGGCACAUUUUUUACCAGUCAAAACAACAGAGUCCACUGAAAACCUUGGAAAGCUUUACGUUCGAGAGAUAAUAGAGAUUCCAAGUUUACUUCCAAAUUUUGGGGGAAGUUUACAGAAAGCAUUGGGUACGCAACUAAAUUUUGUUACUGCUUUUCAUCCCCAAACCGAUGGACAGUUAGAGAGAACCAUUCAAAUUUUAGAGGACAUGUUGAGAGCCUAUAUUCUAGAUUUUGGGGGAAGUUGGGAAGAUCAUUUGGUGUUGGCAGAAUUCGCCUACAACAAUAGUUAUCAAUCUAGUAUUCACAUGGCACCUUAUGAAGCUUUAUAUGGAAGACCUUGUUGGUCACCUGUAUGUUGGACUGAAGUAGGAGAAACUGUGUUACUGGGACCUGAUUUGGUACAGGAGACAACUGAAAAAGUUAAACUUAUCAAGCAACAUCUCUUAACUGCUCAAAGUCGACAAAAGAACUACGCUGACCGAAGAAGUAAACCAUUGAGUUUUAAUGUGGGGGAUUAUGUAUUUCUUAAAGUCUCACCGCGAAGAGGAAAAGGAUUGGUGAAGUAG